UUGCAUUCACCACCAGUACUAAGCAAAGAAAUCGAGAUCAGGAUGAGUCCCUCAACAUUUUUUUCAUUUUUGUUCACUCUUUCUUUAAUCAUAAUCAGUUCUUAUGCUGCUCCUCCUCCACAUGCUGCUCCUCCUCCACAAAAGAAGUAUGAAGUUGUGUGUCGUGGCGAUGCUCACUGCCUAAAGGUUUUGGGAUCAGACCCUAGAAUCGUUGCAGCCACAGAAUGGGUACCACUUUGCAGUUACAUCCUAGAGAUGGGAGCAAAUUACGGUGUAAAGGCCCAAACAUAUGUCAAGGGAUUGUAUAGCAAAUACCCUUCUUCUGAAGCCUUAAAGCUCUGUGUAAACGAAGAUUAUACGUACUCGAUUAAUUCGUUUAGAAGCUCAUUGGGUGAGUUGAUUGAGGAUCCAAUGACUGCAAACUAUGAUGCAAAAGUUGCUGGCGAUGGACCUGGAAUGUGUCAGAGUGCAUUGGCUAGAGAAAAGCUAGUUAUUCCUGCUAUUAAUGCCUUUAAUGAUGGGAUUAAGUUUUUUAGUAAUGUUGCAUUUGAAGCCACAAAUUAUCUGUACUGAUUGAUUCAAUAUAGUUAUGUUGGCUAUUACUAGCUAGUUUUAAGAGUUCUUUUAAUG